AUGGGGUUGUUGGUAAAAAAUGGAACUAUAUUUCCGCCCUCGACAUUCCUCCCGCAUUCUAACAUCUUGCUGCCUCACGUAAUAGUUGGCGAUGAAGCGUUCAGGUUAAGUGAGCAUAUAAUGAAGCCAUACUUAAAAGCACAAAUGUUAGAAGAUCCAAAUAAAAGGAAGUUCAAUUACCGAUUGAGCAAAGUCAGAAGAGUAUCUGAAAAUGCUUUUGGAAUUAUGUGUGCGAUUUUUAGAAUUUUUUUCACUCCCAUAAAUCUGAAACCUGAAACUGUAGACUCGGUCAUUGUAGUGUGCUGUUGCUUGCAUAACAUGCUCAGAGAUGAUUAUAUAUAUAGAAAUCCCUCCCAACUGGUUAUAUACCAAGACGUAGAAGAUUUCUGUUGA